AUGAUGAACCGCUUCAUCUCCCUCACUUCAACUGCCCUCCUUGCCCAACUGGCCUGGACAUCCCCAAACCACAGAAACAUCAUCCGCACAAUCGACCUCUCACUCCCCUCAACCCCGGCACCUGGCAGACAAGUCGUCGAUGCAGCAUAUCAAUCCUUCUCCAUUGAAUUCUGUUACAUGGCUGACUACGCUGGAGAUAACACCAACUCAAAUAAAUUCUCAAGACAAGUCAUCCAAAACCUCCACGACAUCUCCGGCGCAUACCCCAUCUUCCGUAUCGGUGGCAGCACUCAAAACUCAGCCGUAUAUUUUCCCAACCAAACGGAUAUAGCGAUUAUCGAUCCGUUUGAUUCAGAGGCUUCGGAUCAGCCGUCGCAUUCGUAUAUUGGGCCAAGGUUCAUGGAGAGUUUUGGGCAGUUUCCGGAGGGGACGAGGUAUAUUUACGGGCUGAAUUUUUUUAAACCCGAGAAUGAGACGUUGUUUGAUGUCGGUGAUGGGUUAGGGCAAUGCGUGCUGGAAGCGCAUGCGGCGUAUACGGCGUUGGGCGAAUCGUUGUAUGCGUUUGAGAUUGGGAAUGAAGUUAAUUCAUGGGCAGGAGGGUCUCGUCGACCUGCCAACUGGACUCAGCAAGACUACGUCGAUCAAUGGAAUCAAUACGCUACAGCCACCAGUCAAAACCUCACAGGCAGAGAGUCUAUGCAGCUAUUCCAGGGAUGCGCCUACACCGCGCCGAGAAACGUUGGCGAUAACAUGACGAUUUGGAACAUUGAACAUGCCGAGGAAGACGGUAUGCGCUCGAAUAAGGCAAAGACGGUGUCGGACCAUGAUUAUAUGGGGGCAAACUGUGACUACACUGGUGCCGGUCCAACGAUUGAGACGAGUCUGUUCGACAGAACAAACAUGCUCUCUCGCGUCCGGUAUCACGACUACCUUGGCAACGCAACUGAGAACUCCGGCAUCGAGUACGUACUAGGAGAAACCAACUCGAUAUCGUGCCAAGGGGCCUUCAAUAUCUCCGAUGUGAUGGCCUCUGCUGUCUGGGCUGUGGACUAUGUGCUCUACCUUUCAUCACUCAAGGUCUCUCGCGUCCAUUUCCAUAUGGGCACGCGCUACCGCUACUCUCCUUGGCAACCCAUCUACUACAACGAUACAGAGGCACACGUCAAGCCUAUCUACUACGGUAACAUGUUCAACGCCGCCGUCUUUGCAGGCGGCGACAAACAGACUGAAGUAUUGGCCAACGAGACCAAUUUCGGUGCAUAUGCCGUGUACAACAAGGGCAAACCGGAGUCAAUCGUUGCCGUGAAUCUGAACAUGUGGAACUCAACCAUGGAUGCCGCGGACCGCCCCUAUACCGCCUUGUCGCUGCCUGGGGCUUGGAAUGAGGCGAGGGUAUCGCGCUUAACGAAUCCUGGUGUUGACACGGCUGCUAACAUCACUUUUGCCGGUCAAUAUGUCGACUCAGAAGGUCGCAUUGUUGGUGAAAAGUCGUUUGAUAAGGUCAUUGAUGGAACGGUGCAUGUUGGUGCCGGAGAGGCUGUUUUGAAUAGCAAGUAG